CAGUAAAGGAAAAGUCAAAGAGUGAAAGACGCUGCUUUAGAAAUGGAAACAUUUCUGAUAUACUUCAUUCUCGGGGCCGUCUCAGGAUCUGGUGUGUUGCCUGAUGGCCCUCUGAAUGCAGCUGUAGGAGAAACUGUGAUGUUCAAUACAACACUGACUCCAACUGAAACAUCAUUUUUGGCUGUGGCCUGGAAUUUUAAUAACUCUAUGACUAUAAUAACCUCAACUAACUCAGGAAACAUUACUGGACCAGGGUAUGAAGGCAGGAUCAUCCUCUUCCCAUCUACUGCGUCUCUGGAGCUCAGGAGUCUCACUCUGAAUGACACUGGGGAAUACUCAGUUUUCAUUUUCCAAGCUGAUGGAACAGUUCAUGCUGGACGUACUACUCUGGUAAUAUAUGAAAAAAUAUCAGGUUCUUCUGUCAAACCAUCAACAAAUCUACCAGUUGAGGGAACCUCAGUCAGCUUAGCCUGUGAGACUUACAGCUCAGUCUUUACAAGAAACUGGAUGAAGGAUGGAUCCGAACUGACCCCGACUGACAACAUGAUCCUUUCUGACAAUAACAGAGUGUUGACCUUUAACACUGUGAAUAGGAAAGACAAUGGAGAAUAUUUCUGCCAGAUCAGCAACCCCAUCAGCAGUGAUGGAGCUAAAUACAUCAUGAUUGUUAAUUAUGGACCAGAAAAUGUUCAAAUCAAAGGUCCAAAUAAGAUAAAUAUCAAAGGCGCCUUAAAACUGACCUGCUCUGCUGAAUCCACACCGUCUGCCAGAUUCACCUGGUUCUUAAAUGGGACAGAGAUACUCACCAAUUCAGCUGAGUAUGUUAAAGAAGAAGUUGAAUUAUCUGACAGUGGCAACUACAUCUGUCAGGCAUGGAAUAAAAUAACUGAGAGAACAUCAUCAUCAGCGGUGCACAGAUUGUCUGUAACAGGUAUCUGCUUGUGCUGAUACUCUUGGAUUUUAUGUUGUGUAUACAUGAUACCAAUGAUAGUUUAACACUCAGUAGCUUUGUCUGAACAUAAUAACAUAACAGUUGUUUCUAAUAC